AUUUGAUUGAUAAUUUCGCGAUUUUUCAAUCAAUCAGUCGCAAAUAUGGCGCUAAUGGUGUCGUUUGUGUCCGUGGCCGUUUCGAUAUUAUACACGCCGUUCCUACUUCUAAUCCUGUGUGUGAUAUUUCUCGCUUCCAUCGGCAAGUCAUUGGGAGUUCGGAGACUGUAUGUUAAUAUUUUGCUGAAACUUUUCGAGUAUGGUCGCCAACACAUCGAGGUGGCCAAGCGGCUGCAGAGGAAUGACAGCUCUGAUGAGGAGGAACCUCCCACGCCGGACGACAAACCACCCUCGGCCAUCAUCAAGGAGAAUGGAGUCAACGGCACCAAGAACAGUGUGAUAGAACGGCAGGAGAUCCUCGGACCCUCGCCGGAGCUGAACUACAAGCGCAGCAAGAGCCAGGAGCGCCUGCAGAACGGACACGUGCCCGAGGUUAAAGGAGAGAAAAACCUCGAAUUCCAUCUGCACCACUGCAUGGACCUGGUGAAGGCGGGCAUGGAGUCCAUCAUCGAGGACCAGGUCACGUCCGUGUUCGAGGCCGAGGAGCUGAGGAGCUGGAACCUGCUGACCAGGACCAACAGACAGUACGAAUUCCUGACAUGGCGUCUCACGAUAAUUUGGUUCAUGGGCUUCGUUGUGCGAUACUUCUUCCUACUGCCUCUCAGGAUAUUCAUAUUUAUAAUCGGGGUGGUGACGAUGAUAACCUCGCUGUCGCUGAUCGGAUUUCUGCCGGACAACAAGUUCCGGCGCUACCUGGCGGCCAUCUUUUACAAAAUAUCGAUUCGGACACUCGUUCGUAGCAUGUCGUGCGUUACCAACUUCCACGACACGCAACACGCGCCGAAGUUUAACGGCUUCUGUGUGGCCAACCACACCAGCCCGAUUGACGUGGGAGUUCUGAGUGUCAACACAUGUUUCUCCUUGGUGUGGUGGCUGAUGGUGUGCACGGCGGGCGCGGGCGCGCUGCGCGAGGGCCCGCUGAAGCAGCGCGUCAACAGCGCGCUGUCGCUCGUGUGCUUCAACUUCCUGUCGCGCUGCAUCUCCGCGGUGAUCACUUACCACAACAGCGACUACAAGCCGCGCAGCGGCAUCUGCGUGGCCAACCACACCAGCCCCAUCGACGUGCUCGUGCUCAUGUGCGACAGUUGCUACUCGCUGAUCGGUCAAAGGCACGACGGUUUCCUGGGGCUCCUACAGAGGGCGCUGGCCAGGGCUUCGCCCCACAUUUGGUUCGAGAGAUCCGAGGUCAAGGACAGACACGCGGUCGCUAGAAGGCUCAAGGAGCACAUCUCGGUGGCCGACAACCCGCCCAUUCUGAUCUUCCCGGAGGGCACGUGCAUCAACAACACGUCGGUCAUGCAGUUUAAGAAGGGCAGCUUCGAGGUCGGCGGCACCAUCUACCCCGUCGCCAUCAAGUACGACCCGCGCUUCGGCGACGCCUUCUGGAACAGCUCGCGCUACGGCAUGCUGCACUACCUGCUCAACAUGAUGAGCUCGUGGGCCAUCGUGUGCGACGUGUGGUACCUGCCCGCCAUGGCGCGCGCGAGCGGCGAGUCGGCCGUGGACUUCGCCAAGCGGGUCAAGGCGGCAAUCGCCACGCGCGGCGGCCUCGUCGACCUCAUGUGGGACGGGCAGCUGAAACGCAUGAAGGCGAAGAAAGAGUGGCGGGAGCUGCAACAAGAAGAGUUCAGCAAGAGAUUAAAAGGAGAAUAAACCCAGCAUUCCUUGCUACCACCGGGAACAUUUAGUGUACAUGAGUUUUAGGACAAUUGUUGCGUUAACGUGAUGGAACCCACCAAGCCGCGUGAAACAGCUUGGUGGGUCGGAGCCCCAUAUCGUUCCACCGAGUGGAGGCGCGUGCCCCGCUAUGGGGCAUUAACAUAUGGGGUAUAGGUCGUGUCUCGAAAAACGAGCGCUUAUGGUUUACAUACGAGAAAAUGUAUAUCUUGAAAAUAUAUUGAGGCAGUCGAAAAAAAUAAAAAACGGUCGAGCCUAGUGCUCUUUUUUAUGACGUGACCUAUACUUAUAUUGUAAUAGAAUUGAGUUUCCCUGCGACUUAUUUAUUGUAGUUAUUAAAAUGUAAUCCCAAGUUAGAAAGGCUAUUAGUUAAUAUUAAAUUGUAACCACUACUUUUUUAUCAGUUACACAAACGUGUAAAAAAUUUAAGAAUGUUAGAACUUACGCAACAUCAAUUAUAUUUGUAAUCGAUAUAAAAAUAUAUAUUAUAAUAUAUUUGUAUAAUAAAUAUACACACUGUAAUGGUUCUAAACGAUUUCAGUUGAGCAACUAAAACUUUUCUAUAUAUGAUUAAUAUUACAAUAUUUAACAAUUUUGUAAAAAUGAUAAAUUAAUAAUUGUAAAACUCAUUAAAUUUUUACAGUUGUACAAACUUAUUGCAUUUCAAAGUUAUUGCAUUGUAAGUUGUAAUAAAUUAUUAACAAUAUUCUAAUAAUUAAAGUCUGUAGUGAAGUUGUAAAUUUUACAAAAAGUAGUUUAGAUUAUUAGGUAUUAGAUAAUUGUGUAUUUUUAUAUAUAAAUGACACGAAAACCAAUUUUUAGUAAAUAAAAAAAAUCGUCACAGAAGUUGAAGUCUUGUGGUAACGUUCGGUGGAUUGCCCGGGUGCAGUAAAAAUGCUAUAUUAUCUAAAAGAAAAACAUGACAAUCCGUUACUCCGUUGCUGCGUAACAUUAGGAAAAACCAACUUAUUUUGCAUUUGUUAAAAAAGUGGCGCCAGCCUAGUUCAGCGAGACGGCAUAAUAAGUUGAGUUAUCAAAAAAUGCUUCAUAGCACACAAAACUUAAAAGAAUACAGGCAAUAAAUAACAGAGACUUGCAGGAAUGCAAAGAUGGCCUUAUUGCUACAAACAAUCUCUUAAAGGCAACGUUUGUUGCAGUUCAAUAAUUAUUUUCUUAUUACUUUUUUGAGGUUUCCAGAGCCGGUCUAAGGAAAGCCCCAAAAAAGACUCAACCGUGUGUCUUUUUCAACUUUAGUGACACGUUAAUUAUAAAUAAUAAUUUAUUAAUUUAACCUUACUACCAAAAUAUGCGUUUAUAUUGGCAGCUUAUUUUUCCUUUUAAUUCUUAGCAUUUAUUAGACGAUUUAUCGAUAGUUUUCGAACAAGAUCUAAAGUAAAAUAUGUUUAGUUCUUUUUUAUUCCCAGAUAUCGAUUUGGCGUUGCAAAUGUUACGCUUUUUCUAUUUUCAUAAAUAGUGAUGUGACGCAACCGAUAUUUUCCGAAAAACCGACAUAUUUGUAAUUUAUUUGAUUAAAUAUAAAAUAUUUGAUAAAAUAUAAAUUUUGGAACUAAUUAUGAUUACCGAGGUAAAAACCUAAAUGGCUGCUAAUGAAACCGAAAUUAUUUAUUUGGUUUAGGCCCUAAGUUAAAAAAGUCUAUAGUGUUUAAAAAUUAUAAUAUUAAUUUAGAACCAUCCGUAUUUUUUAUAUUUAUAAUGUGUAUUAUUUUUUAAAUAGAUCGCGCAAUAAAAAAAAUUACCAUUACGUGGAACUAAUCCGUAUAAAAGUUUAAUCAUUAAAAGUGCCUGUGUUACAAAAAUCGGACUUUAACGAAAUGCUGGCCAAAUAAUUUUGGAAAUUUGACAUAUUUUGUACCUAUCACUACCACGGAAUAAAACCGAACUUUAGUUGUUUUUUUUUUUUUUAGGAAAUGUAUGUAAAUAUUGCAUUGGAAUGCAAGUAAAGUGGAUGUGAUAUGUAAAAUGUAAAAAUGAAAUAUUCGACUGAAUCGUGAUGUAUGUUAAUCGGUUGCUGCUUACAAUUAAUGUUUAAGAAUCGAUUCGCUUAUUACUCGAUCUUUAUAAAUCGUAAACUAAAUUGAAAGAACGGUUUGUACACACUAGGCUUUGUCAAAUUUUGGAUAAUAACUUUUACACACGUACUUUACGGAUGAUGGAGUGUUAACCUAUCAGAUUAUCGAUUUUUAUACUUUAUGCCCAGAUACUAGACAAUCAAUUUUUAUUUUUUGUUUGCUUUUAAAUUAAUAAUUUUAUUAAUAUGACUAUAAUUUUAUUAAUAAGUGAGGGCUCCCUAAAGAAGAUUUCCACUGCUACGUAUACGUUCGAUUACUAUCAAAUCGAUUCAGAAUCAAAUCGAACUACAGAUUAUCAAAUUCGAUUAUUAUCAAACCGGUUCAUAAUUUAAUCAAACUACAUAAAAUCGAUUUGAUAGUAUCGUUGUUUGUGAUGCGUGGCGCUUCACUAAUUAGGCGGUAUCCGUCAAUGAAGUGCGAAAUAACUUUAGCACUUUAAAAAAAAAAAUGCGAAACCCUUUAUGGGCGUUGGCUGCCAAAACUAUCAUCCUAAAUUUGACAAAGAGUAAAUGAAACCUUGAGUAGUAGAUUGUGUUUAUUUAAGAUCUCUCAAUUUGGUUUAUAUAUUGAAUCAACAAGUGUUUACUUAAAACAAUUGUAAAAUUGUUGUCUGGUCUAAAAAUUUAUACUUAAAUUUGUAGUCACUGUAUACAUAGCAUAGUUUCUUUGUUUUUUAAACUUGACCUAUUUUUAAGUAGGUCCCUAUUUAUUGAUUUGUUGACAUGUAUAUAAAGGGUUGAAAUUUUUAGCAAUAUAUAACAAUUGCCGGUGAGUUGGAGGCUUUGCUUCACAAACUCUCGAAUUAAGAACCUCUUGUAUUAGGUUGCUUAAGGAUCGUAAUUUUUACAUCUUUUUUUAUACAAUGUUAAUAUAAUUUUAGUAAACAAAAUAAAGCCUUAAUUGCUAUAAAUAACUGUUUAACUUUUUUCAUUUGUAAAAAUCAUUAAAUAUCGUUAACCAAUGUUACAAGUUAUAAUGAAUAACUGUCAUUGGUUACAAACAUUGUUAAUUUAAUUAUAACCAUUCAUAAGUCGUGAUUGCUACAAAUAAACGUUUAAUAAAACCCUCA